AUGGUUCUUGCGGCCGUGGGGCAGAUAUGCUCAACUGCCAGUAUUACUGCGAAUCUGGCACAGUGUCGAUUGCUGGUGCAAAAUGCGGCUGCUGCAGGCGCAAAGGUAUUGUUUCUUCCCGAGGCAGCGGACUAUAUCGCAUCCUCGGCGGACCAGUCAUACUCUCUGGCUCAGUCGAAAGAGCGAGAGAGCUUUGUCUCGACUUUACAGCAAGAUGCGGCUCAACAGAAGCUUCAUAUCAAUGUGGGAAUCCAUGAGGUCGCCUCGGAGAGCAGACUGAAGAAUUCAUUGAUAUGGAUAGACGACCAAGGCGCUAUUAUCCAAAACUACCAGAAAGUUCACUUAUUCGACGUUGAUAUUAAGGAUGGUCCUUGUCUCAAGGAGAGCACAAACGUCCAGCCGGGCCCACAGCUUCCAAAGCCCUUUGACACGCCCAUAGGGCGUGUUGGCUUGAGCAUUUGCUUCGAUUUACGAUUCCCAGAAAUCAGUCUGGCCUUGAGGCGGCAAAAUGCUGAGAUCAUUACAUAUCCAUCUGCAUUCACUGUGCCCACGGGAAAGGCCCACUGGGAACCAUUAUUGAGAGCGAGAGCUAUUGAGACUCAGUCAUAUGUGAUCGCAGCGGCCCAGGCAGGCCCCCACAACGAGAAACGGCGGAGCUAUGGCCAUUCACUCAUCAUUAACCCAUGGGGAGAGGUGGUAGCAAGUCUAGGUGACGAACAUCAAGAGCCCCAGAUUGCGACUGCUGAUAUUGACCUCAACCUGGUGGCAAAGAUCCGGCGUGAGAUGCCCUUGCUUCGGAGGAACGAUCUAUACCCAGAACUCUGA